AUGGCAAUCCAACUCGGAGAUCUCCCACCGGAGCUGAUCAUUAAGUGCGCAGAGUACACGGACCCGCAGUCGUUGUGGAACUGGGCGCGGACCUGCAAGGGGUACAUGAUUCUGUUCCGGGGGGUGCUGAAAGAGAUACGCCAGUGCGCACUGGUGAGCUACCGACCGUACCUCUACACGUGGCAGCCGCUGCUGGAGGCCGUGAGGAAUGGGGAGUACAAGCAGGUCGAGAAGGCGCUGGUGCGGUUUCAUAUCGACCCCAACAGCUACGACCAGAGCGGGCGGCCGCUGCUGCACACCGCGGUGCCCUGCAAGCAGCUGGAGAUCGCGCGCCUGCUCCUCUACCACGGCGCCAGCCCCGAUGACCCCUACUUCUACGGGGCCGUCGACUGCUGGUGCCGCAGACCGACCGUCGAGGACGCCUCCAUGCUCGAGCUGCUGAUGGACGCCGGCGCGAGGGUGAGUGGCCUGUCCAACCCGCAUAGCCUGUUGCGGUCGCUGAUUACUAUCCCUUUCGAGUAUGCGUUUCUGAAUCGCGCGGUCCGGUACUUCCUGGUUCCUGAUCCUCUUAAGUCCGGUGUUCUGGGCGUGCAUUUCAAUGUCGAUAUGGCCAUCAAGCAGGGUACCGUCAACUUCAUGAGAGUCUUUCUGACCUUGGAGCCGAAUCUGCUACAGUAUCGUUGGAAGAAAAGGGACAACCCCAAUGAAGAGGACGAUCCCAUCACCCGGGCGAUCAGUUAUGACCGUUGGGAUAUCGCCCACUGCCUGCGCGAAUUCGCCCCUCGCAAUGCAAAGAAUGAAUCCUCGUAG